UUUAUAAGCCUUUCCUUAUGAAACCACAAUGAUAUGUUAUAAUACACUUAAUACGUAAUUCUAAACAUCAAAGCAGCAUAUUAUUGGAGUAUCGAAAGAUGGCUCUGGAGAGUGACCAGUGGGAAUCUCUUGCUGCAGAAAGUGACGAAGAGGAUCUAGCUGAUGACAGGAAACACAACCAAUUACUUGAUGCAAUCUCAGCCCUUGAUGGCAAAAAAAAAAAUAGUCUGUCACAACGAACUGUGAUCAACAGUGGCAAGAUUUCUGAGUUUCAGUUCUCGUCUGUUGCUGAUGCUGUUACAAAAGUGAAGCUACAUGAGCUGGUGGGAUCAUUGAAAGAGACAACCGAACAUGGCACCCUAAAACAACAGCUCUCUGUCAUCCAGAAACACAAGCAGACGGUGUCAACACCACUGCCAAAACAUGAGAAGGCAAAGAUCAGUCGUACAACGGCAUACGAGGCCACUACACAUGACUUGUCCAAGUGGGAACCAACUGUCAAGGAAAACAGGAAGGCAGAGCAGCUCCAAUUCCCGCUACACAAACAGGAUUUCUCUGUGGUCACUACAGACCAGCUGGUGCAGAGAUUCCAGCCGAGGACCCCGCUGGAGAUGGCUGUGGCGGCCUUGUUGCACGGUAGUGAGAAUGUAGUACAAGACAACAGCAAGGAACUCACGCUGGCUGAACAGAGGGCCCUCGCUGCCAUGGAUAUACAAAAGGCUAAAGAACGCAGAAUGGAACUCAUGAAGCAUCGAGCUUUGCUGUCUUACAAAGAACUCAAGGCAAAAAGACAGAAGAAAAUCAAAAGUAAAAGGUUCCAUCGCAUUCUCAAGAAGGAGAAGCUGAAGGAUGAGAAGCGUCUGCUGGAGACCCUGCAGAAGGAGGACCCAGAGAGUUUCCUGGAGAAGAUAACACAGUGGGAGAAGGACCGCGUACAGGAGCGCAUGAGUCUGAGACACCGAGGGGGAACCAAGUUUGCCAAACGACAGAUGAUCUAUGCAAAGUUUGACGAAAAGGCCAGACAGGAAGUACAAGACAUGCUGCAGAAAAGUAGGGAAAUCACACAGAAACUUGCAGCCACAGAGUCGAGUGAUGAAGAGUCAGACAGUGGUGACCUAGAACCCCAACAAGCUGGUGGAUCUGCUUUCGUUGAUAGUAGAAAUCCAUGGAUGUCAAGACCAAAUGUCUUGAUAAAACUGAAGCAAGGAAUUGGUCAUUUAGAAGAAAACAAUGCAGAAAACGUUGGACAUUCAUUAAUUGUUGAUGAUGUUAUGGACAAUAAAAAUGAUGACAAAGGGAUGAGUAUAAUUGGUGGUAAUACUUCAACAGACUUGCAACAUCAGAAAAAUGAUGAUAGUGAUGACGAUUCUGAUAAUGCAAUUGAUGGCAUAUUUGAUAAGCUCAAGGAAAGUAAAGAACCUGAGACUGAAGUCAAGACAAACAGAAAACAGAUUCGUUUAAAACAGGUUCGAAAAAGGAAGAAAUCACACAAGUCAGAUGAAAAGUUAGCUGCGGAGGCUGUUGUUAAAACCAGUGAAAGUGGAAAAAGCGAAGAAGGUAUGGUUGAUUCUGAUGACAGUCUAUGUGAAGAACCUUCUAAAAAAAGAAGCCUGGAAGAUAUGGAUGCACUUAUUAACGAGGCACUUGGUCAGUCUACAAAUGAACCAGCUCCAAAAAAGAAACAAAGAAAACGUCAUAAAACAAAACAUUUCCAGUCUGGAAACCACCAACAGUCCAAACCUAAAGCAGACACUAACAUAGACCCUAAGAAGCUGUUCACCGUGGAUGUGAACCUUCGACAGAGUUCUUCCAAACCAGAUGUUGUGGUGAAUGAAGAGGACGAUGACCAAUUGGUCAACAUUGCCGAGGCCUUUGCGAGCGACGACGUCAUUGAAGAGUUUGCAGCGGAGAAGUCUGAUGCAGUGCGGUCGGGUCAACCCCAGGACAUCUGCCUCGCCCUGCCUGGCUGGGGGGACUGGGGCGGGGCAGGGCUCAGUAUCUCUAAGAGGAAGAAGAAACGAUUCACUAUAAAGGCUCCAGUAGUGCAGAGAAAGGAUCAGUUCCUGGGACAUGUCAUCAUCAAUGAAAAGAAAAAUGAUGCCCUAAAGAAGCAUCAGGUGGAGACUAUUCCAUUUCCGUAUUGCAACACUGACCAGUUUGAGAAGAGCAUCAGGGCACCUAUUGGCAGGACGUGGAACCCGGCAGGCGUAUUCAAACAGCUGGUCAAACCAAAGGUUGUUACUCACCUGGGUAAAAUCAUCACCCCCAUGGAUCAGUCGGCUAUAUCCAAACAUGAAACUGGGGAUGCAGAGGGGAAAACUGAGAGUGAGGAAACAGAGUCAAAACAGUCGAACAGGAAAACAGGAAAGAGCAGAAUGAAGACAAAUAAGAAGCAUAAAGGGCAGGGAAAAUACAGCAAAAAAUAAACUCAUGCAUGUACUUCAUUCAAAAAGAAAACUGUUUUUGUGUAGCAUAUUAAUAUGUUAUGAAUAAAUUUGAACAACAGA